ACUAUAUAACAAAUAAUUUUAGGAAUGUCCAAGCGAGGACCUGAAUUUGCAGCCUCAACAGUAGCAAAAAGACCAGCAACAGAAUGUUCAUUCUAUGCAAUUGGCCUUGUCUCCAAUCAGGAAGAAUUGGAUGCAAAGGUUCUUUUGGUGCAGAACAAGAACUUAUCAAUGAAGUUGGAGUGGCUGAGAUCUGAAGUGAAGGACCUAAAAUCAAAGAAUGUAAACCUUGAAAAAGCGAAAGAAAUGCAUGAUUCUACAAUAAGCACAGUUGGAAGAUUUUGGGAGAGGUUGGAAAAUGAUGUCCUGAAUUUACUGUCACAAUUUGAUGAUAAUCCUCCAGAAAAAGAUGACGCUUACUCAGAAGGAGUGGCAAUGUUUUUAGAACGUUUAGGUGCUGAUGACACUGGGGAAGGACUUGAAAAGGGGUUAGCUGAGAAACAGCAAUUCACAAACUCCAUCAUCUCCAAACUUCUAGAGCUCAUUGAACAAUCAAGGCAGAUUUGGAGAGCAAAUGGAGAGUUGUUUGGUUCUGCUGACUGUGAUUUGGAGGAGAUAGUUAAGGAAGAAAAUGGUCAGAUGAGACAAGAAAUCGAGAGAUUACAAAACAAGUUUCUCGAGAUAACAGAGAAAGAAAGGACUGCUUCACAUAAAGUUUCAAAUUUUGAGGAUACUCUUCGAAUGAAAGACAACAAGAUCAGAGAUCUUCAUGAUCAAGUUUCAAGGUUGUCAUACGAGAACGAAAAAGCCAGGGAACAAGUAGAACGACACAAACGCCGACUAUCAGAUCUAAUAAAACAGCAACAGCAACUUGCGCACACGAUAACUUGUAACAGCGCUGCGCCUGCUGGGGAAACUAAGGAGGAGGAGGAGGAUGCCGGAAAUUCUUCAGAACUGCAACUACUAGCUGAUGAGAGGCUCAAGGAGUUGCAGGAGUUACAAGCUAGAUUUGAGCAUGUUGUGAAGGAACUUGAGCUGAUGAAACUAGAACAAAGAAUUGGAAAAAGUGCAUCAGACACUUCUCUACAAAACAACUUUAAAUCGUUACAAGCACAGUUUACCUUGCUUUACAACGAAAAUGAGCAAGUAAAGCAGCAGCUAGAGGAGACAAAACACCUUUUAGCUCAGCGCUGUCAACAGCAUCUACUUCAACUUGAACAAAUUGAGGUCGAGGAAGAUGCUGCUCAGAAGAAAAUGAAGCAGGAAGUUGUAGCAAAAGAAGAAGCAUUAGCUAACAUAAAGAAAGAUUAUCAAGUGCUCCACUUUAAGUUCCAGCGAUACCUUGCUGCUAAUGAACAAACUGGUCCAAGUAACAAGGAAAUGAGGAACAUGAUCCAGAGUCUACAAGCGCACAACACCCUGUUAAAGAACGAAGUUACACGGAGCAAGAAACGAACUUCGGAGUUAGCUGUCCAGAUAGCCAAGUGUAGGGAUAAACAGCACUCUGAAGACCUUCAGACUUUCUGUCAGAGUGAAUUGGAAGGAACAGAGGCGAUGGAACUUGUAAAAGAGUUGGCAGUAACAGAGGACAAACAAAAGGAAGAGCAAAACAAAAAGCGUAUCGACGAGCUGACCUCAACCAUCAAGGAUCUCCAAAAACAACUGAAAACAAGUCACGAGAAUCAGAAGGAGUUGAAGUUGCUGCUCGAUGUGUUCAAGGGCUCAGUCAAAGAAUCACGUUCAAAGGUGGAGUUGCUGGCGAGUGAGAAGAGAUUACAGGAGGAGGUAUCAGAACUAACACAGAAUCUGCGUAAGAAGGAGAAAGAUCUGGAAACUGCUCAGAAGAGAGCCGCUGGUCUGUCAGACGAUGAGAUAUCAGCACAGCUUGCUGCUGAGAAGAAACUCAAUGAACAGAUCAAGGAGGAACUUCAGGAGAAGUCAGCGACGAGUGUAGCUCUAGGCGAGGACGUAGAACUGCUGGGCAAUGCUUUCGAGGACCUUCAGGAGCAGAACAUGCGACUCCAGCAGCAGCUCAAAGAGAAAGAUGAUGCUAACUUUAAACUCAUGUCUGAGAGAAUCAAGGCGGAUGAGUUACUGAAACUCUUGAGAGAAGAGAAGGAAUUACUGGGAGAGUACACAACCCAACUCAAGAAUCAGAAGGAUAGUCAGAUGGCACUGGUGCGGAAGGUCGAGGAACGAGAACGCCAGAUUCAGGGAAGUUUAAGCACGCUUGAGAAGGAGAUACAGUUGAAACAGCAAGCGAUAGACCUUCACAAGAAAGAGUCUUCCAAACACUGUCUCAAUUACAACGAACUCAAAGCUUCUUACGACACUUUGAACUCUGAGGCGACAGAGAUAAGGAAGCAGAUAGCUGAGAAGACAGCUGUGUUAGAAUCAGAGCUCUUCAAAGGAAAGAGGAAAGAGGAGGAUCUGUUGGCGUACAAGAGGAAACUAGAUCGACAUAAGAAGGAUAAUCCUCUCUCUACUACCAUUGAUGAGGUGCUGGAGGAGGAAGUGAGGAUGUACAAACAGAAGUUAACAUGUCCAGUGUGCAAUGUCCGCAAGAAGGACGCUGUUCUCACCAAGUGCUAUCACAUCUUCUGUUUCGAGUGCAUGAAACUGCGUUACGACACCCGCCAGCGCAAGUGCCCCAAGUGCAAUGCUGCUUUCGGAGCCAGCGACUUUCAUAGGAUUUACAUGUAGUUAACAGGCCUGGUGCCUGGAAACAGGAUAAUGUUACUCGAGCAAUUGAUGGAGAGACGCUGUGACUUAUUGGACCAAACAAUCGAAGCUCUAAUUAUCAUCUUGCGUUGAUUAUGCUGUGUGUUGUACUGAAUAUUCUUGACUAUAAUGGGGUCUCAAACUCGCCAUUUCUAAACUUAUUACCAGUAUUUGGGUACUCAUUACCUACAUCAAUUGUUUCAUUUCAUCUUUUCAGCGUUUGGUUUGAAAUUUUUUCAUCGUUAACAAGAUUUAAGUUUCCCACUGUUUACCUUUCAUAAACAAAUAUUUGUUUCUUAUUUUUCCUCUCUGACCCAAAUUAUCACGCCAUUUUGUGCGGUUAGAGUUUUGAAAUGUUCAGACCAAUAUUUAUAUUUGAAGAUGUAUCAAAUUUGAGCUUUUAUUGAAGUUAACCAUUUUUGGUUAAUUUCCUGAUUUAAAACUAAUUUAUUGGAGAAUGCUUUUAGUUGAAUCCUAUUUUGACUUGAUAGUACAAUUUCUAUGUGAUACUAUGUAUUAGAAUAUGCUAUGAAUUGCAACUUUUGCGAACCGUC